CGCGCUUGUCUCCUCAGAUUUGACCUUCAUAUCCAAGUGACCCUCUUCCACCUCCACGACAUUAACCAAUCAUUGGCAUAGCGAGUCAACAAGCCGAGUCAUGAUCAUUCUCGUGCAGCUAUGUCUCAUUCUUCUCCUAAAACUGUCGACAGUGCGCUGUGACCCGACCGACCGUGAGGUUUCCCAACGCACAUACGUGAAACAAGCCUGGUUUUCUGUAUGCGACGCUUCAUCUACACAUCGCUCGUACCUUGAUAUGAGCCGUGUCAAAAGGGCUACUGCAGCUACCCUUCGACAGCAAAUGUACCAACACGAGUCUACUUUGAGGCGACAGGACAAGCGUACGUUAUCGGCCUCAGCAGGCUCACAAGCUGAGCAGAAUGACAGUGAAGUUGUCGUCGUUGCAAGAUCGUGGUUGACCCGCAGCGAAGAUGCGACCGGCCAACGUAUCAGGCAAUACAGCGUUCUUCAGGGCGAACACCGAGGCAUCGAGCGGUUUUGGCUGGGCGAGCCACAGAAAAGGGAUGGAUGGCUGGUUCAGGCGCUUACUUCAAUCAAGCUCGCUCCUGCCGACGAGCGUCUGGCGUCUUGCUGCAAGAUCUACGUAGAAUCUCACACAGACAUACUGCUCAGCUAUGGUACACUCCCGGGUGGUUCGAGUGCCCCUGCUGACACCACUUUCAGAACGCUUCUUUGCUGAUCGUACAGUGGCAUAUAUCAACUGUUACUCUCCUGAGUCUGCUGACUCCGGUUGCGAUCGUAAGAAUGCCUGUCGUACGUUUUGUCGCUCAGUGGAGGACAGGCGACGCGCUUCCCAAUCCACCGCCCGAAUACAGCAACAACUGCGAGUUCAUCUACUUUCGAUGGGAUGAUGCGGUUCCGCCCCCACCGACAAGAUCAAAAUCCGUGACGCUUCGCGUUGACUAUGGCGUUAGUCGGAUCAAUUGGACAACGCAAGCGCUAAUCCCAAUACCUAGGGCCGUUGCGCGCUCAAAGAUGGAGUUCUGAUAGAAUUUCCGCUUGAUGAUGACCCCGCACUCGAUCCGCAAGUGCUUCUUCUUGCACCUUCGCCGUACUUACUUACUCUUAAACCAGCGAGAUCAAGAUCGACAUCCUUAAGAAUCCUGACCAGACUUAUAGCGUGGCUGUCACCGACUCUUCACAUCUUAUUGGCCUUCGACUAGGGACUGUCUUUCAAG